AUGUUUCUGUUCGUGUUCACGAAACUUCUUGAUUUGGUUGAGACAGUGCUUAUUAUUCUGGAGGGACGUCAACCACUGCUAAUUCACAUUUUUCACCAUGUCAUUACACUUCUUUUCACAUGGCAUAAACGCAGUUUCAGGUGGUUCGUAUUCAUCAAUUUGUUUUCUCAUGUCAUUUUGUAUUCAUAUCUAAGCCCGAAAAAAUUCGGCAUAGCUCCAUGCUGGUUCUUUAUGACGUUUCUUUAUUGGUUCGUUGGUUUAAGAGGUAGAGAUUUUCAUUUCAGCGCAAGUAUACCAGCUGGUCUUUUGUCUUCUACUUUGUUUCACCGCGCAAAAUGUAAGCUAUUUAUAAACUUUGCCCAAUUUAAUAUUUAA